CUGUCUUUAGUCUCUGUUUCCCUCUCAACUGGAGUAAACAUGUUUUCCUUUCUACCCCAGAUCAGCAGAAUAUUCGGGGACCGCGUGUUAUUCGCGCUGCCUCCUGUGAAGACUCAGGAAAUUGAUACGGCCCAUGAAAAGCCCGCGCGCGCCCUGAAACAUCUGCUGAAAUUGAACCAUGCCAACCAUGCUAUAUUGUACAAUGAUCGAAAGUUUCAUAAUCAUGCUCCGCACAUUCUGAGCUCAUCGUUCAUGCAAGGUGCUGAUGCAGAUGACUUGCACCGCGUUUAUGAGGCAGAGUCCAAGCACCUGGAACCUUGGACUGAUGCUCCUGGGGAAAUCAGUGACUUUGACUGGAGAGAUUUUCUGGGUUGCAGAGAGUAUCAACGUGCCUUUGUGGACUUCUUUGAAGAUGAACUUGUCCGCCAGUCCUACGACUGGAAGCAAGUCGUCAACGAGUAUCUUUUCUCCGGAAAAGAGCCCAUCUUCAACUCUAUCAUCGCUGAUCUCGGCCACCCCCUAAUCCACCUGGCAUACGCCUUCGAAUUCGCCAGCCGCGAAGUAGCCAUGGAAGCCCUAGCCCUGACAUCAACCUGCUACAGUGCGAUUCACAAAUACCUGGAUGAUCCAUCCUACGCCCAAGCCGAAUCAUCCUACCAGUCAACCUCUCUCUUCGACAUCCUCGACAAAGUCCGUCUCGACAAACAGUUCAACGGCCUCUUCGGCACCCCCGGCGGCAACAACAUGGACAUCGUCUUCCGCGACCGCGAAGCCGCCCUUCUCAACCACUGGAACGCGUGGAAAAUCCAAGACCCUAUCGCCCAGUUCCGCGAGAGCCAGGAAGUCGCCGUCGCUAUCCUGACCGGCACGCACUCAGACCGCACCAGCGAACAAUACGACUUCUUCUUCGUCCACAUCCUCACUACCAGCCACGCCGUCCGCGUCUUACUACCCCUCAUCCCUCCCCAGUUCCAGCUCUCCCUGGUCAGACAGUGGUGGCUCAUGACGCUGUGCGUUUACAUUGCUCAGCUGCGUCCGAAGAUCGACCUCGACCGGAUUCGCAAGUAUGACCUUGGUGGUCGUGAUUGGAACUGGACUGCUAAGAGGGCUGUGAAGAGUGAGCAUUCGACUGAUGCGCAUUAUGUGAAGGCGCUGCGCGCUUAUAAGGAGUGUGCGACUACGUGGGGUGAUGCGGAUGAGUUUUAUCUCAAGGCGGCGGUGAGGUUCGGUGAGGAGUUUAAUGGUUGGGGUGGGUUUGUUUGAGUUUGAUUGAUGGGUGUGGAAUACGGAAAGUGGUUUGUUGGUGGUGUACUUGAUAUCUCUG